AGCAGGGCUGCGGUAUCACGACAUCACCGUGCGCCAAGUGGAUGACGUCACAACCCGGGGGCGUGCUGGGCUGCUCAGGCCAUAAAAGCCAAGGAAUGCUGCGUCGAUCAUGACAUCACAGUGCACGAAGUGAAUGACAUCACAGAAUGGGGGGGUACUGUGCCCCCUGUUCAUGACCUCACACUGGGGAAAUGCUGCACUGAGCAUGACCCUGCACCAUGGCAGUGCUGUGGUGUGCAUGACACCACAGUGCCACGGUGCCAUGCUGUACAUGAUACCACAUUGUGUAGGUGCCGCAUUGUGUCUGACAUCACAAUCAAGGACACCGCAUUGUGACAUCACAAUGCAGGAUGUGUUAGGAACAGCCCGGAUGGAACUCAUUGCAGCAUGAGACACUAAGAUGGGACAUGAUAACUGUCUACAGCUUGCAAACACCAAGCAAGAGGAAGAAUUAUUUAGUGUGGUUCACAGAGAAACAACUGGAAGUGAUUAGGUGAAAUUAAGAGGGAUAACUGAGGCUGAAUAUCAGGAAACGCUUCCUGACAGUGAGAUGUACUGGGUUGUGGAAUAGUCUCCCAAAGGAAGUGGUGAAAGCCUCAUUGCUCUGGACUUUUAAAAUUGGAUCAUACAAACAUGUGCUACAGUAUCAGAGAAAGAUCGAGAUCAGAUGCCCUAACAAUUCUUUCUCUUCUCUAAUAUAAUACUAUGAUGAUGAUAAUAAUAAUCAAUCUCAUAUACAGUGAUUUUCAUCCAUAGAUCUCAAAGCAAAUUGUGUAUAUGAUUAACAAGUGGGGUUUUUUUACCCGUGAAAGCUUAUGCCCAAAUAAAUCUGUUACUCUUUAAGGUUCCACUGGACUCCUUAAUAUUAGUUUUAAAACCUCAAAUUACAAACCCUUUGUAAAAAAUGUUGAUAAUUUUUAUUCAUGAUUUUCCAAUAAGUAGGCAAAACUACAGCACCCAGAAGGGAAAAUGAUCUCUCUUCAGAAACAGCACAGAAAAUAAAGGUAGAACAUGACACGGGAAAAAUAACACAGAAAAAAUUUUAAAAACCCCAAAUUUUGGAGAUAAAAGGCUUCAUACUGCUCCCAAUGAAAUCAACAGCAGGGAGCAGGAUUGGGUCCAUAGUCCACCAUGUUGGUUCCGGGGAAGAAUAGAUAUACUAAUGUAUUUUAAUAACAAAUUCAGCUGUAUACAUAAAAAUAAAUCAAAAAUCAAAACAGCAGUUAAAUGUUUCCUACCGUUUGUACCUAGUCUCAUAUCCCUUGCUCACUUAUAGCUGCCUAUAAUUUUAAAGUUUGCAUUGGGCUGCUGAAACUAAAGCACAAACUCUAGAAUCAAAGGACUCAAAGUUCAGUUUUGUAUCAGUAAGCUCCCUUUCCAAUCGAUGGCAUUUACUUGCACUCGUUUUCAGGUGGUGCUUGCCAAAAAACUGUGAGCUUUUGCUUUUUGAAAAACAGUGCUAUAUAAGACAUUUGUUUUGUAGUGCUUAAUUAUAAGGACAAAUAAGAAUUUUUUAUGUCUACAUUUUUGAAGUUUGUUCCCUAAGAAAUUAUAAGUUUUUCCUUUUUUUGCCACUAAUGUAAUUGACUAUAAGAGUUAAAAUGCUGUUAAUUUACCAAAUGAAUACUAACCAUGUGACCUGCUACCUAGAUAAGAAGGAGGAAGUCUUUAGAGACCAUAUUCUUCACAGUUCUUUGCAACCGCCAAGAUAAUGGCAACACAAUUUCUGCAGAUGAUGGACAAUUUAAAUAUAAGUGACCCAAAAGAAAUGAUGAGUUUAGCCAUAAAGUGGGUACAGAAGACAUUUCCAAAUGUGGAAUCGGUUACCACAGAGACAUUGCAAUGCUGGAUGGAAGAGAAGCCAGAGGAAUUAAUCAUUCUUGACAUCCGGAGUGCAGCUGAAUUUGAAGUCAGCCAUCUGCCAGGGGCAAUACUCAUUGACCCUCAGAGUGAUACACUGCAAGAAUUUCUGCAGAAACAGCUCCUUCCAGAGAGUAAAAAUAAAAACAUCAUUUGCUAUUGCACUGUGGGAUACAGGGCUUCCAGGGCUGCCCAGAGCGUGAAUGAGUUCUUGUCAAGUGAAGCCAGCCAAACCCGCAAAACUUCCCUGAAGGUUUAUAAUGCAGAAGGAGGACUGGUGAAAUGGGCCAGUGAAAGAAGGCUGAUGGUGGACAAGCAGGAGCAUCCCAUUCACCUCGUUCACCCCUGCAAUGCAGAAUGGGCAAAACUACUGGAACCAGAGCUGCAAGCACAGAUCUAAAGCAUUUCUGCAAGUCUGAUCUAACUGGGGCCUCUAGGUGAAAUACAAAUUAAUAAUAAGAAUAAAAAUCAAUGGGGGCCCCAAUCUCAACUGUGUCUUGUAGGCAUAACUAUAAUGCUACUAAUAGAGGAUUACAAUAUGUAUUGUAGUUGUUUUAAUUGGUGGGCAGAACUGGCUAAAGAUACUAAGCUAGCUUUUCAGCUGGUCU